CGCGCGACUUCGUGCCUUUCGCUCGUUUCGUUAUCAAGAGUAUUGAUAUUUCGCUGCAAACUACUCAAAGACUCGUAACUGACAUCGAAAGCAUGAGAGACAUACAUUUAUCUUCGACUAAAGAUGUGUCCAAGAGCUGAUCUUAGUUCAAGUCACUUGCCGAGUGUCUGCACGCGCGAGAAAGGAAAAUAAUAAAACGGGAACCAAUGAACACGUAGAGGAUGGAAGCAUGAUUCUGGUACCGCAGGUUCGACGAACUCGACGGAAAACUAGAAGAAGAGCAUCUUGAGGUUGAAAAGAAAUUGAAGAAAAGGACGAAAUGACGAGAAAUUGUGGAGAUAUGGAUACCCGCAAGGACGGUGGGGUCGGUCGAUCGCGAGGCUCGAAUCUGUUGAUUUAACCGUCUCCAAGGGGAAUCUCGACAUGCGUCCGGUGGAGCCGAACGAGACGUCAUCGUACUUCUGUUUAAGUUACGUAUUAUGAGAGAUUACGUUCGCGACAUGACUUCGGCAAAGAGAAUUACCGCGUAUCGUUGACGUCACUAUCGGAAUAUCAAUGUUCUCAAGACAUGAUUCGAAGGAAGACUCGCGCCUUUUGCUAAUGUUAGCGCAGGAGAUUAUUCCGAGUUGGAGUCGAUCCCUGAUAUUUUCUGUAGCAUGUACGUGACCCUAACGACGUGGAAAGAAAUUUGUGGUAGUAGAGCCUCGAAAAGAUUGGGCGGUACAACUUUAUGCCCUUGGUACGGUACCGUUUCCUGAAAGACGAGGCUAGGCAUUGGGUGCGUGUGUGUGUGUGUGUGUGUGUGUGUGUAUGUGUGUGUGUGUAUGUGUAUGAUUGUAUAGAAGAGGAAAAAAACACGGGGAACUCAAAGAUAUCUUUCGUGCGGUGGUACCUGCGGCUGAGUGUCUCUUCAAAUUGCUUCAAUUGUCUCCAUUUCGUGCCAGGUACUUGCGAACAUCGUAUUGGAUCAGCUGUACAAAUCGGAAUCAAACGAUACCAUCGAAGAAUGAAACAAUCCUGCGAAACAUCGUGAGGACAAAAGAGUGUACGUGUCGAUAGACGAUGACCGACUGGCCGUCGUCGUGGUGGAGAUGACUACCAGGUUAGUGGCUCGUCCUGAAGACGACGACGACGACGACGAGGUCCACGAAAGGGCACGAGACUCAGCUGUGGGCUAUCACUGCCACUGAUAAGGCCGGCAUUCCAUCGCAGCUCACAUCGAUGCCGACUGCCACAUCUACGAAACGAGGAAAUUCAGCGCCGUCACUCCAUUUUCGAGCCCAGUCAGCACACGUUGGCCGACACAGAAUGGGGAGUGUCGGCAGCAACGUGACAGGGACGACGACGACAGAUCCAACGACGUUCCUGCCAGACGCAACUCCGACACUAAGCGAACGUGAACAGGUCAAAAUCGAAUUUUACAAAACGUACGAUGUCAUGACGGGGGUACGGAUCGCCGCGACCCUUGGUGGCUUUUUCAGCUUAAUGGUGUUGCUGGUAGUUUACAAGAGCAGAUGCAAAGCGAGUAAACAACUGGAAGAUCCAACUUUGACUGCAGCGGCAGCAGCGGCGGUCGCGGAAGCUGAAGCUGAGGAACGCGCCCUCGCCGCUGCUCUCGAAGCGAUCGCCAGGUUACCACCUAGGCUGGGUCGUGGUCCGAGAAGAUCAUUAUGCGUCGAGAUGGAUCAGUCUCAUUCACCCGUGGUGGCACCUCGUUUCGCCUCAGUCGGUGGAUAUGACUCCCUGCUGGCACCGCCAAUCAGGCAACCGAGGUUGGCUCCCCCGGUCGAUCACAGAAGAUGUAGCUCGGUCACCUGUAGCAGCACUGGAAGCAGUUAUCUGGAACGAAGGGGUUCAGCCAUGGUAAUGCCGUGCCUUCCACCUCCUCCAUCCUACCCGCGUCACGCCGCCUACGAUGAGCCAUGGGAUUUAUAUUACCCUAUCGAUAUCCAGGUCAUACAGCCAACUCCGGAUUUAUCGCCAUGCGGAAGCGAAGUCGGUCUUUAUGCCGGUGCAGUCGGCAGCCUUAUGGCGGCGUCAUCGGGCAAAAGAGCACCGUUGGCAUCGAUGGGUAGCGUAGAUCCUCCCGAUCCAGAUACCAGAUCGCUCGGCUCCGAUUCCGUCUUUCUGAAGAACGAGGACGAAGAGCAGUGCGUCGAUACUGAGGACGAGGUCUCGGGUUUUUCUACGGACUCGGAUGCGCCUGGGCCAAGCUGUCGGCGGUUCCUACGGGUGCCUUCUAGGAAAAAACGGAUCCCCGAAAAAUGGGACGGAUGCGCGGGCUGCGUGCCCAGACGACGGGCCGGUAGUAAACCCUGCCAAGAAUGUUUGACCAUCAGUGCCGCCGUCGAAACCUCCAGGUCGCAACCAGCCUCAACGACAACCAGUAGCAGUCAGAGUAGCGUGGGAUCUCCACCGUGUUCACCGCCGAUCGAGCUAAGGCACAGACCACCACCAACGCCAUUACCAUCAAUCCCGCCAAUAUGGUCCCAAGAAACACUCUUUUAG